AUGCGAGAUUUGGAUGCAGGCAUGCUGAGUAAUGCUCACAUCCGUAUGAGGUUGGGAGAUAGCUCUACAGAGAGCAACGCCGCUUCCUCAUCUGCGCCCUCAUCCUCAGGAGCAUCUUCGCAGGUCUCAUCUAGGAGAGCCACUCGUCGCCGUCCCACUUCUCAAGCUACUCCAGCUACGACACAGGCGGAUCCGACCCCUGAAUGGGCUAGGAGGAUCCUGGAGCAGCAGAAUACCAUCAUGCAGAGGAUGUCUGAAAUCGGAGAGCAGCAGGCAUCCCAGGCUGAGAGCUUUGCUCAGCUUCGGAGGACCUUUACUAGCUUUUACUCAGAUGUGCACAUUGGGCUCACCCCUCGUUCUCCUGAGGGCGACGAUCCAUCCGCCUCAGUUCCUCCACCUCAGUGAUCUUCGUAUUAUUUUCAUUUGAAAACUAUUUCUCUUCGUUUAUGAGCAGGAAUUGAUGAUCAACUGGAUUUUUCGGAACUUCUUAUUUUUCCGCCGGUAACAUCUACUUAUGCACUUGCUCCAUUUCUAUUUCAAUCGACUCCUUUUGAUUUAUUGAUGUGUGAGUUCUUUUGUUAUUAGUCAAUCAUUUCAACUCGGUAUUAUACUCCUAACAUUUUUUUUUCCAACUGCGGGGACGCGGUUGUGUUCAAGUGUGAGGAGGGGAGUUACCUGGUUGAAAUGAUUGAAUGAAACGUGUUUUACUUG